AUGGACAUGGACGCGACCAACAUCACGGCACUGCCGGCACUAAAAGCCGUCACGGCCACCGACCAGGGUGGUAUCCUGGCCAUUGCAGCCAGCAUGGCACUCGUCUUCGCCAUCCUCUCGCUUCUGAUUCGUGCCUAUGUGCGGAUAGAAUGCGAUGCCGCAUUUGCCAGUGACGAUUUGUUGUCAUGUCUGAGUAUGACGAGCGUCGUGUUCCUAGCCAUAGCCCGCGGCUUUGGACGUAUCUCAUCUGAUCUCACGGUCAAGGCCACCAGCGACUGGCAACGCGAUAUUUACGUGGCCGACAUCCUAUUCCUCGUCGGCAUGUGGCUCACAAAGUGCUCCAUCGCCCUGCUGCUGAUGCGCCUCUCACGCGACCCUGGCCACACCUUCAUGUCCAGGGCCCUGAUCGUUGGUUCGACCUGCUACUUUGUCAUUUCCGUUUUCGUUGUCGCCAUCCGCUGCGACGUAUCAGAGCCGUGGAGUCCCGACGGAGCCAAGAACUGUGACUCGAGCACCUUUGCCCGCUGGUCGGCCGUCACUGCUCUGGACGUCGCCACCGAGGCCGCUCUCUUCCUUGGCAGUCUGCAACUCGUCCACGGCCUGCAGCUUCCAUGGAGCAAAAAGUCCGUCGUGGUCUUUGCCUACGGCCUUCGUCUUCCCCUUAUCGCUCUCGCCGCACUCCGGCUGCAAUACCUUCACAAAGGCAUAUACAGCAACGACCAGUCGCUGCACGGCAUCCUCGCUUCCGUCUUCACACAGAUCGAGCUGGGCUACGCCGUUGCCGCCGCAACGAUGCCAUGUCUUAAGCCGUUCAUGUCCGCUCUCAACACGCAAUAUGGCGGAGGCCCGGCUUGCAUCGUGGUCAACCACUCCAUCGUGACAGCUCAGAGGAGUCGUGACUACUCGGGCAACGGUUCCGCAGUAACGCCGCUUUCGAUGUCGCGCAAAUCCACCGAGUCCGAGACACGCUUUUUUGAGAACAAGGCCAUCGCCGGCGUCGACGUCUCCAUGCACCCGCUACCACAGAUGCCAGGCACUGCCGGAAGACAUAACCGGGAGGAAGAGGAGAACGACCGGUCGGGAUCACUGUUGUCGUCAACAUCGGCUCACCGUGUCCACGCUUUCGGUGAAUCGGUGUAA